AUGGUGAUCUCUUAUCACAAAGGAUGGAUAGUACUGGAAGGGAAUGCACCCAACAAAACUUUCUCGGAAUUCUACACUACUGAUGUAUCGGAAAUGCCAAAAGUGUCUUCAUUAUGGGACUAUCCAUUUUUAUUUAUUGGCAUGCUACUGAUAACUCACUAUUAUGCGUUUUCAGUUGUUUCAAUGACUGGGUUAAUUAUGGAGAGGUGUUGCGCAACGUAUUGGAUAAACGACUACGAAACAAAACGUCGACCUAGAAUCUCCAUUUCCAUAUUUCUCUUCCUUGAAAUCUUUACCAUUUUUGUCGUCUACAGAGGCAUUAAUUUGCUGUUUAAUGUCUACUACUGGAUAGUUUUCGGAAUAUUAGUUCUAACAUUCAAUUUUCUGCUAUUCGGAUACAUUUGGUACUGGAAUAUUCGAGUUCAUAAAAUCCUGGACACUAUUCAAGUGAUACCUGCAGAAUAUACAUUGCAGGCGAGGUUUCAGGCAAAGGAGAAUGCAAGGAGUUUGAAUCAUUGUUGUACGAGGGAGCACGGUUGCAUACCACCAACACUAGAUGGUAAAGGACCAGCAGCAAAGGGAUUAGCAUUUGCACCAUAUGGUGUGACACCUGUUGGGACAUUGGCACCCACUGCGAUACCCCUGCUAGCAGCUCCAAGUCCAGCGCCACCGAAUCCGGGAGCGCCGAAUCCCCCGGCGCCACCGUACAAAGCGGCUGCGGAAGUUAGAGCACCGAGACCUCCUGGCAUACCGCCCAUCAUUCCUGCGCCACCGUAA